CAGCCUGGGCUUCGGCGGCGGCAGCAGCGCGAGCCCGUCAGAGCAGCAGCGGCGGCGGCGGCGCGAGCCUCCCUCUCCUCGUCCUCCCGCUCCCUCGCUUCCUCUUCGCUCGCUCUCUCCCCGUCGGGCCGCAGCCCCAGCCCGGGAGCCGCCCGAGCCGAGCCGGAGCGGGAGCCGCAGCCGCCCGAGGCGCGGGCGCACGUGGCCGAGCGAGCCCCAGCCCAGCCCGGCCCGGGCCUGACGAGGAGCCGCGGCGGCGGCAGGAGCGGCGGCGGGAGCGGCCGGAGCAGGCGGCGGGAGCGGCGGCAUGGGUGACCGGGAGCAGCUGCUGCAGCGCGCGCGGCUGGCCGAGCAGGCGGAGCGCUACGACGACAUGGCCUCCGCCAUGAAGGCGGUGACUGAGCUCAAUGAGCCCCUCUCCAACGAAGAUCGGAACCUCCUCUCUGUGGCCUACAAGAACGUGGUGGGUGCCAGGCGGUCCUCCUGGCGCGUCAUCAGCAGCAUCGAGCAGAAGACGAUGGCCGACGGCAACGAGAAGAAGCUGGAGAAAGUGAAGGCGUACCGCGAGAAGAUCGAGAAGGAGCUGGAGACGGUGUGCGGCGACGUGCUGGCGCUGCUCGACAAGUUCCUCAUCAAGAACUGCAACGACUUCCAGUACGAGAGCAAGGCCUUCUACCUGAAGAUGAAGGGCGACUACUAUCGCUACCUGGCCGAGGUGGCUGCUGGCGAGAAGAAGAGCGGCGUGGUGGAGUCCUCCGAGGCUGCCUACAAGGAGGCCUUUGAGAUCAGCAAGGAGCACAUGCAGCCCACCCACCCCAUCCGCCUGGGCCUGGCCCUCAACUUCUCUGUCUUCUACUACGAGAUCCAGAACGCGCCCGAGCAGGCCUGCCUCCUGGCCAAGCAGGCCUUCGAUGAUGCCAUCGCCGAGCUGGACACGCUCAACGAGGAUUCCUACAAGGACUCCACCCUCAUCAUGCAGCUGCUUCGAGACAACCUCACCCUCUGGACGAGCGACCAACAGGACGAGGAGGCGGGCGAAGGCAACAACUGAGAGUGGUCCCUGCCGCGUCCCUGCCCCCUCCACCCCGAGCCGUCCCCAUCGUUGUCAUUGACGCGUCCCCCGCCACGGUCCCUCGAUAUCUAGUGCUAAACAUAUCUGUAUUGUCCGCACAGCGACUCGAAGCUGCCCGCCCUCCCACGAAUCAGGAAGCAGCCCCACAUGAGGCUUCAUGGGCAUUUCUGGAUUGACGGAUGGUUGGAGCCCACGGGAGCUCCCCCCUUCUUGGGUUGUGCACACAGGAGGCUCUUGAGUGGAUGUGUGCCUGUUGAGCUGGGAAUCCCACGAAAGGAAGGAAGGGAGGGAGGAAGGAAGGAAUGAAGGAAAGAAAGGAAGAGAUU